AUGGACCCCCCAAGGACACGGUCUCGAUCUCGGUCCGGCUUCUAUCAUUUCGCCGUGAACAACCCCGCGGGAGGCAGCGGCGGCGGCGGUAACGCACUCAGUAACGGGAGCAUGAUGAACGCCGGCGGAGCAGGAGGGAUGAGCUUCCCGCAGCAGAACAAUGCCGUCUGGGCUGCGCACCAUGGUGGUCGCGGUGGAUUCCCGGAGAGUCAGCCGCAGCAGCCGACUACUUACCUGGCCGCGGGGGCGCAACGCCACGGAGCCCACCGGCACCCCGGCACUGGAGGAGUGCUACACUUUCAUCCAGAUAACGUUUUCAGUGAGGAUCGAGACAAAAUGGAAGAUAGCCCAAGCCCCAAAAGGCAACGUCUUUCCCAGCAGUCCAUAUUAGAUCUAAGUGCUGCCCCUCCAGCUACCCCGUCCUCUCCCAUUCGCCCCUGGGAGCUCCCUCCUAGUCGCCGACCGCAUGCCCACUAUGCACCAGAGAGAUGUCACACACCUGUCCGCAAUCGUAGAAGCCCUCCAAUGCGACGCCCGCGUGGCCGCAGAGACCGCCUGACUCGCCAUCACCACACGCACAACCACCACCACCACCAUUUUAAUAGCAACAACAGCCAUCAUCACCCUAACACUCACCCUCACCACCACCAUCAUCACCACCUGCACUCUCACCAUGGGCUUUCACCGGUCCACCAAGAUGAGAAUUACCGUCACCCAGCCCAACCUCAGGGCUACACUGCCUUUGGCCAGCAACCCCCCAGAGGGCCGGGACCCGGAAUGGAAGAGCGCCAAGUUUACCAUCCCCCAAACCCCUCCCCAAGGCCCCUUCAUCCGUCCUCAAACCUUUCUCCCCGACUGUUGCACCCCCACCCAUCGCAGCAACCCAGCAGCGGGGUGUUAGAUCUCCAGGAGCAGGGUUCUGCUCCAGUAUCGUAUCCUGUGUCCCCGCCGGGGGCUCCACCUGGCCUGCCACCUCGCACAGCCCCGCAACAGAUUCCAGCAUGCUCGGUAGUCUUCAGUGGACAGCACUACCCUGUCUGUAAUGUCGCCCCACCUGUCCUGCAGACUUGUUCGGUGCAGCACCUUCCCAUGCCCUACGCGUUCCCCUCUUUGCUGUCCAGUGACCCAGCCUUCCUACUACCCCCACCGCCCCACCUCCCCCACCCUCCCACACAUCUUCCACACCAUCCAUCUCACCUGCCGCAGCCUGGCCAGUUCGGACCCUAUACGACUCAACAGGCCCGAUCACCUUUACAGAGGAUAGAGAACGACGUGGAGCUGCUGGGAGAGCAUCUGCCUUUGGGUGCGGGGCUCCACUACCCCCCUGCCACCCACCCGGCCCUCACUCCACACUCUACACAGCUCCAUUUUCUCUCCCAUGAGCCCUUGCCCCAAGAGUUUUUUGGAGUGUCCUACCCGAACUUCCUCCCUCGUCGCCUCGCAGGCCGAAGGUACCGCUCGCAACAGCCACUGCCGCCUUCACCUUAUCACCCCAGCCUACUACCUUACUUCCUCUCAAUGCUGCCAGUCCAGCCAACUGGCCCUGCAAUCAGUCUAGAGCUGGAUGUCGAUGAUGGAGAAGUGGAAAAUUAUGAGGCUCUCCUCAAUCUUGCCGAACGUCUCGGGGAGGCCAAACUCAGAGGACUUACCAAGGGAGAAAUCGAGCAGCUUCCUUCCUAUCGCUUCAACCCAAAUAACCACCAGUCAGAACAAACACUGUGUGUGGUGUGUAUGAGUGAUUUUGAGUCUCGACAACUGCUGCGAGUUUUGCCCUGCAGCCACGAGUUCCACGGGAAGUGUGUCGACAAGUGGCUGAGAGCCAAUCGGACUUGCCCAAUUUGUAGGGCCGACGCUUCCGAGGUCCAGAGAGACUCUGAGUGA